AUGGUCGAGUCCGGCCUGAUCCUGUUUUACGCUCCCGACGUGAAGCUGUCCUUUAGAGCGAAAUUGUUGAUCAAGGAGAACCCGGACGUCGCGGAGCAGGUCCUUGCCCAGCUGCCAAUGCAGGGCACCCUGGGACAUGUUGUUAUUUCGGGGCAAGCCAUUUGGUUUCCGACGCGCAUCGUCCACUUGGGGAGAAACAAUAUGGUACAACGGCACCCCGGUGCUGUCUAUCUCAACGCCGUGGGACAGUCUCUGUGCCUGACAUACGGGACAGUGACCGAGAGUGCGCUAGUGAACAAGGUGGCGGAUGUUCUUGAGGAGGAUCUUCCCACCCUAGAGAGGCUCGGGUACCUUGUCUAUGAGCAAACCGUGACCCAACCGUGCCGCUCGGUGAUGACUAUCAGCGUCUCCCUGAUGCACCAGAAGCCAAAAGCGAACGGGUCCCGGCUGGCUGGGGCUGCAACCAUAUCCACAAACUUGGACUGUACCUGGCGGGUGGCCAUGCACGUUAUUGAAAGCCAGAUAGAGCGAGUAUGGCUGCAGAAACCCGAAGAGAUCGAGAAGAUUAGCUGGGGAAUCAUCGAAAGUGGCGCCGGUAGUGGAGGACAGUGUUUCUCGGUGAUGGUGCAUCUGAAGUCAUUUUUGCUUCAUUUGGGCUGCGACGUACUGUAUCGACUACUAAAGGUUUCGCAGUACGAUGACAUUACGCUGCGAACCCUGAUUCGGAUGACGAGGGAAUUCAUCCGGGAUAAUUUCAACACCUUCGAGAUGCUCACCGACCUGGGCCUCCCCAACAUGCACGACAUAGGUACAAUGUACUCCAAUGCUCUGGAAACCUUGUCUAGCAAGGAGCAAUACAGGCAACUGACUGGAGCACUUUUUACCUACGUGUGUCGAAUGCACCGUUGGGUUCACUUCAUCUUUCCGUGGAAUAUUGGCGUGGCAUUUCCACAUCGCAACGCUAAGGACAUCCUCUCAUUGGCAACCCUAGUCAGCGGCUCUUCAAACACCGUGUCCCUGCCGAAGGCAGAGUAA